CUCAAUGGAUGGAACUCCUAACACUUACCUUUCAUGUUGUCUUCUCUUCCUUUAAUUUAUGCAUCUAUAAAACGGAAGCAGUAAGCAAGUAAGUUUCAUUCUUCUUUAAUGGUCUAUACAAAGAAAAAGGAUGAAUAGAAAUGAGAAUGUAAAAGGAGUGAUGAAAAGGAAGAAUAAAAAGUUAUUGGUGAGUGUGAAUGUUCUUGGAAGUGUUGGUCCUAUAAGGUUUUUGGCCAACGAAGACGAUGAAGUUUCAAGUGCUAUUAACACAACUUUGAAAGCCUAUGCUCGUCAAGGCAGGAUCCCGGUUCUAGGGUUUGAUGUCGACAACUUCAUUUUCUACUCCAUUAAUGCCGGAUUCAACACUUUGCAUCCACAAGAGAAGAUAGGUUCAAUGGAUGUAACAAAUUUCUUGAUGUGCAAGAAAGAGCCACGGCCACUGGAGAAAGUCGAAGGUAUAAGAGAGAGUAGAGCUCGGAUAGGCCAUGGAUGGAAAACUACUCAUCUUCUUCGGUUUUUAUUAGGAUAUAUUCCUUACAAUCACAAACCUAACUCUACAAGUCAAAUGGACUAUAGAUCAUUCGGUGAUGGGAACGCUUAUUGUAUAGAGGAGUACCAACAAGAGUUUCAAAGGAUUACCAAAAUAAAGGAAUACCAACGAGAGUUUCAAAGGUUCUAGUCUUCUAGAAUAAAUUUGGGAUGGAAGCAAAAUGCAUUGGUCGACAGCCUUUCGAGAUAUACUUUACAAUUCAAUUGUGGACAAUGAUGGGAUUAUACAAAAUAUUUGAAAAACUACAUUCUAAAGAUCUCUAUACAUUUU